UACUUCAAACAGUCGGUAAUUAUAGGGAUUUCACAUCGCUGGAACCUUGUUUACUCUUGUCCCACCCUCUAAUGAGAGUGCUGCCAAAAAAAGGUCUUUCAUCAUGUUUUACCGCGGUUUUAGGCACUUUACACCUCAGAUAUAUGUUUAUUGUAGAGAAUUUACGAUGUUGGAGUGUUGGAACCAGUAGCUACCCUUGUCCCACUCCCUAAUGAGAGAUCGAGGACCUGCCAAAUCUCUCAUUAGUUUUUUCCACAAUUCGUUGCACUUCAUACUUCAGACAUUUCUUUAUUAUAGAGACUUACCGGUGCUAGAACCAGCCUACGCAUUUAUAGGUGUUGCUACUACUACUACUGACCUCAUGUAGCCUACCUGUUGCAAUCGAAGGACAUAUUUACCAAGCAUCGUUGAAUCACGAGAUAAAGGGUUGUAUGACUUCUUCUGAUAACAUUAUAUUAUCUAACCGCCGAAUUUUGAACACAUCCCCUGUGAAUAGAUAAAUGCACACGUUUUACACACACGAUAAUAUGAGUGUUCGUGUGUAUGGAUUUGCUACUACUACUACUACUACUACUACUGCUACUACUACUACUACUACUACUACUACUACUACUACUACUACUACUACUACUACUACUACUACUACUAUGCUAUGCCAAUACUAAUACUAAUACCCUAAUACCAAUACUAAUAUUAAUACCAAUACUGAUACUAAUACCAAAACUGAUAUAAAUAACAUGUUCACAGUAACCAUAGCAACGGGGACGCUGUAAACACGAACAAACACAACUUCCACCUGUUUCCACUUUCCCUUCUCUCCAGCAAGCGGCAAAAACAGUGAGGCUCUACAAUGAGUUAUACCUGGGCCGUGAAGAGCGAUGGAGAAGAGUCACCCACUAGAUCAUACCCGCACCACGAGGAAGAGGCGGAGGAGGAUAAGGAGGCGGACAAGAACAAGUUAAGCGCCAUGCAAUUAUGUCAAGAGUCCAGUGGCUUGAUGGCGACUGUUUCCACCUUGAGAUCUACGCUCCCUGGUCGUCGUGGUGGGGGUGACUGGGGGGCAGGAGAAGGGAGGCGAAAGGAAGGGAAGGAUGACGAUGAGGACGAUGUGGGCGUCAGUAGGGGCAGGGAGUGGGGUCAGAUGGCUCCCCUCACCCUGGAAGUCAUCGGCGAGGCCCUGCGAGCCCAACACCCGCAGCUGCCCCCCAUCACGCACGCUAACGCCAGGGAGACUUGUGCCCACGUGCCCACCCUCUCCCUGCAGUUCAAAGGGCUGGGCAGUCUGGAGCUCGUGUGGCUGCUGGAGAGGCUGACGCGGCUGGAGGUGAGCAACAACUACCUCACUUCCUCCUCGGGGAUUGACCGCCUGCCGUGUCUCACCUGGCUCGACCUAUCCUUCAACCAGAUCAAACGUCUCAGCGGUAUCGGGGCCCUGCGUCGUCUGGAGGUCCUCGCCUUACACAACAACCGGCUGGAGCGUCUGGAAAAGGGCGCCCUACAGCCUCUCACCCGCCUUCAGGUUCUCACGCUCGCCAAUAACCGCCUCACACACCUCUCCGACGUGUGGACUCUUCGUCACCUUAAGAGCCUGGCGAGCCUCAGCCUGGCCAACAACCCCGUCAGCAGCCAGGACUACCCCGCUCUCGUGCUGGCCCACCUGCCCUGCCUCGGCUACCUGGACCACCGCCGCGUCACGCCCCAGGACCAUGCCAAGGCCCUUGAUCUCCACAGGUCGCAGGUGGAGGUGGUGGAGGCGGAGGAGAAGCGCAUGAGGCAGGAGGAGGAGGCGGAGCUGGAGCGGCGGCGGAACAUGGAGGCGCACCGGCGGGCGGGCGUCUUGGCGCUGGACGACGGCUCGCUGCUGGCCAGGAUGUUCAGGGGGGACAAGGACAUGGGCGUGUUGCUGCAGCUGCCAGGAGCCCACGCCCUCAUGACAAAAUACCGAGACAACUUCAACGCGGUGUGCGAGCGGGUGUUCCGGGAGGGGCUGGAGCACGAGGACCAGCGCCAGACGGAGCUGCGCCUCCUGAGGGCGGCGCUGCGAGAUGCGAGGACCCGCGCCGACGACCAUGCCCGCGGGGCGGUGCGGGAGCUGGAGGCCGAGGUGGGCGAGGUGGCGCGGGCCGGGCGGGAGCUGCAGCAGGCGGAGGAGGCCAGUCUGGGAGACGACCAGGGCGCUCACGAGGCCCGGGUGUCAGAAGCAGCAGCCCUCCACGAGAAAAUUGACGGCCUUUUAAACAAAACUUCCUAUGACCUCUUGACUGCUGAAGUGACGCUGUCGGACCAAAUCAAGGAUGUGGUGGCCCGGGCCCGGGAGGAGCUGGGGAGCCUGGUGGGGGGCUUCCUGGAGGAGGCUGCUGCAGAGUUUCAAGAGGGGCGUCGCCUGGCAUAUGCUUUCUACUGUAGACUCCGAGAACUCUCCACAAAGGUGGCUGAUGAGUGCACCAGCGUGGAGGAGCAGGAGAGGACAGCCAGGGUGUUUGAGGGCAGCGACACCCUG